AUGAAAACCAAGCCCUCAACCCCCGUAGUCCUCUACUGGCACCGCACCGACCUACGCCUGCACGACUCCCCAGCCCUCCACUCCGCCCUUCGCCUAAACCCCUCGAUCUUCAUCCCCAUCUGGACCUGGGAUCCGCACUACGUGUAUCGCGCGCGCGUCGGCCCAAACCGAUGGAACUUCCUCCUCCAAUGCCAGAAUGACCUCUCAGCAUCAUAUACAAAGCUGAACCCGAAACAAAAGCUAUGGGUUGUGCGAGAAGCGCCACACACGGUGCUCCCGAAGUUAUGGAAAAGAUGGGCGGUGACGCACUUGGUGUUUGAGAAGGACACGGAUGCGUAUGCGCGCGAACGAGACGAGACGGUUAUGGAGUUGGCGAAGGAGGCAGGGGUGCAGGUUAUUGUGGAGAUGGGGAGGAAUCUGUUCGAUCCGGAUGAGGUGGUGAAGAGGAAUGGAGGGAAGCCGACGAUGAGUAUGAGUCAGAUUGAGAAGGCGGUUGGGGGGAUUAACUCUGGGAGACCUGGGGGUGUGGUUGAGACGCCGGAGAGGGUUCCGGAUCCGUGGGAUCAGGAGAGGAUGGAUUUGAGUGCGGUGGAGCAGGAGGGUGUUGACUCGACGGGGGAUGUGAAUCGGGAGUAUCGGAUGAAAGAGGACGCGCAGUAUGUGAAGAUCAUGGGGCCCGGGGAGGACUUUGGCGUGCCGACGCUGGAUGAGAUUGGGAUUGGUUCAGCGCAGGUGAGCACGCCGCAUAAGGGGGGCGAGACGGAGGCGUUGAGGAUCCUGGAGGGCUGUAUACAGGACGAGGAGUAUGUUGGGAGGUUCGAGAAGCCGAAGACAUCGCCUGCGGCGUUCCAGCCGCAAUCGACGACGCUGCUUUCUCCGCAUCUACAUUUCGGGAGUUUGUCGGUUCGCAAGUUCUGGUGGGAUGUGCAGGGAGUUCUGGAGGAUCGAGCCAAGCGGAAGAAGCCCAAUGCGUCGAUUCCCACGAAUCUGCCAGGCCAGCUUCUCUUCCGGGAUAUGUACUUCGCUGCACAGGCUGCCAUCGGGCACGCUUUCUCCAGAACGUACGGGAACAAGAUCGUCAGGUUCAUCGACUGGCACUUGCAAUCGACAGACAUCGCAACGUCGGGAAAGAAACAGCCAGGGGAGAAGACCUACACGGUGGACUCCGAGGAAGCAGAGAUCUGGUUCCACCGAUGGAAGGAGGGACGUACAGGCUUCCCAUGGAUCGACGCCUUAAUGCGACAACUAAAGCAGGAGGGCUGGAUCCAUCAUCUGGGCCGACACAGCGUUGCCUGUUUUCUCACCCGCGGAGGAUGCUACGUGAGCUGGGAACGAGGAGCCGAAGUGUUCCAGGAAUGGUUGAUUGACCACGAGGAGGCUUGCAACAUCGGCAACUGGAUGUGGCUUUCGUGCACAGCAUUCUUCGCGCAGUUCUAUCGAUGUUAUUCGCCCGUUGCAUUCGGCAAGAAAUGGGAUCCGGAGGGUGAGCUGGUCCGGCAUUACGUUCCUGAACUCGCCAAGUUUGACAAGAAGUAUAUUUAUGAGCCUUGGAAGGCUCCAAUCGCUGACCAGAAGAAAUGGGGAUGUCGGGUGACGGGCGACGGAAGUCAGUCCGAGAGUGAUGGAAUGAAAGCAUAUCCGAAGCCUAUGUUCGAUUUUGAUGAACGAAGGCAGACUUGUCUGGAUAGCAUGAAGCAUGCUUACGAUGUGGGACUGCACGGAGAUGAUGCUCGUGUGAAGGAUGGUUCAUGGAGGGAGGACUUUGAGGGAGACGAGAAUGAGCUAGGGAAUGAUGUAGAAUACAUCUCGUGA